AGAGCCAUGAGUAAAGUCCGUGGUCAGAACAAGGGAGGAACCAAGCCUCAACAACCCGUAGGAUUCCUGGGAGAAGUCAUGCUGAAGAACGGCAGAGAAUUAGGAGAAGAUUCAACGUUUGCUACGGCGAUGGUCGAGAUGGGAGAAUCACUGAAGCAACUUUCUGAAGUCAAGGGCGCCUUCGAUUUGAACGUCGGACAGAACUUCCUGGAUCCCCUGGAUCAUCUCAAGAACAAAGAUCUGAAGGAGAUCAACCACCAUCGGAAGAAGUUACAGGGGCGACGUCUUGACUUUGACUACAAAAAGAAGAAGCAAGCAAAAGCAGGUGGAAGCACAAUUCCUGAAGAAGAAAUCCAGUUUGCAGAAGAGAAGUUUCACGAAUCUCAGGAGCUUGCUGAGAACGGGAUGAGGAACCUCCUUGAGAGUGAUGUUGAGCAGGUGUUACAGCUUCAAGCGUUAGCCGAGGCUCAGCUAGAAUACCACAAACAGUCUGCAGAGGUCUUGGAAAGCCUUCUCUCAACACUCAAUGAAAGGUAUGCCAACAGUGCUGGACUUGUGAUGGACUUGUGA